CUGGGUUCAGUGCCUGUUUCCUGCUCUUCAACUGGAUAAGCGUUGGGCUUUUUUUUAUGCAAAGUCAUUGCAGCGUUUGCAGAAUCCUUUGUUGCUGUGAUCAACGGCAGAAAUCCACACCUUGGGAGUUGAGAUCGUUGUGAGCGCCUCACUCCCUCUCAGUCGGCGCACACCAUGGCUCGGGCAGUCAAGUCCUUCUACGAUCUCAGCGCCGUCACCCUGAACGGCGACCAAGUGGACUUCAACGUCUACAGAGGCAGGGUGGUGUUGAUCGAGAACGUCGCUUCUCUCUGAGGCACGACCACGAGGGAUUUUCUCCAGCUCAACGAGUUGCAGUCUCGCUAUCAGCACCGCUUCGUUGUACUGGGCUUCCCUUGUAACCAGUUCGGUUUCCAGGAAAACGGUCAGAAUGGGGAGAUACUGAACAGUCUGAAGUAUGUCCGUCCUGGAGGUGGCUUUGAGCCCAACUUCACCAUGUUCCAGAAGUGUGAAGUUAAUGGUGCUGGUACACAUCCUGUCUUUGCAUUCCUGAAGGAGAAGCUGCCAGUUCCUGCUGACGAUCCCACAUCCUUAAUGAAAGAUCCCAAAUACAUAACCUGGAGCCCCGUCUGCCGAUCAGACAUUGCCUGGAAUUUUGAGAAGUUCCUCAUUGGACCAGAAGGAGAACCUUUCAAACGCUACAGUAAAAUGUUUGAAACCAUCCAGAUUGAAUCUGACAUCCAAAGAUUACUGAAAGUGACCAAGUAGAGUUGUAGAGAACCCAAGUUAUCAGAUAUCUUCACUUUUACGACUAAUGAAAAAGCUGCAUAAUCUUUCAGUUCACCUGAUCCUGUGCAAGCCCUAAAUGAAACAAAAUUUACUUUUUUAAUGCAUUUUUAAAACUUGGCAACUGCACUCAUACCUGCAAGCCAAAUCCAGUCCCAGAGCAGCAUUCUUCUCUGUCUUCCCUUCUGCUGCAGGCUUGUUUAUUACUGAUUUAUUUACUUUGUCAUCUACUCCUUUCAGCCUUGGACUUAAGCCUGCAGUGUCGCUUUUUAAAUGCUUUCUCAAAACAAAAACUUGCUAAUGACUCUGUUAGUACUGCAUGCUAUAAUUCUUUGUAUCAUGUUGGUUAUUUAUAACCAGAUUAUGGUAUUGGAUAUUUUUGCAACAUUACAUUCUUGUAAUACUUUCUCUCCCUUUCAUCUGGAACUUUCAAAGGCUGUUUAUCUGUCCUAAAGGUAAUAUAAUCUGGGAUUUACUGUUUUUGUGCAUUCCUUAAUGCGCAGUCACAAAAAUUUGGUACAAAAAUAAUUUUAAAGUAACACAAUUUAGAACUAUGAAUAUACUCUACCACUAAUUAGCCAACUACUGUGGCAUUUCCAAACUGUUCUCCAAAAGGAAUUUUGGAUGUUUUUGUCUUAAUUCAUGGAUGGUUUCUAUACAGUCAUACUUUCUUAGAAGUUAUCUGAAACAGUUUUUCUGGUCUUCAGAACUUUACAGAAUGAAGGUGUUCUCCUAAACCCAAUCGGGAGGGUACCAGAUAACAUAGAAAGUUGCUGAAUUUGCUGGUUGUUACUGUUUCUAACUUCUUGGAAUUGUAUACCAAAAAUGAGCAAUAAAUAAACUGUCUGAAAACAAAA